CGUUCGAUCUUCGUGUGACGCAAGUGGGCGGUGCGGGUACCUGGUUGCGCGUGCGCAGAAGUUGUUCAAAAAGGCCAUAUUUAGGUUGCGCAGGCGCCUACUGGCCAUUUCUUUUCAGCCACGCCAAAGUGGUUGGUGUAGUCUGUUUGAACGCGAGGAACCAGUUGGAGACGAUGAUGUUGGGCACGGAAGGCGGAGAAGGGUUCGUGGUGAAGGUCCGGGGUUUGCCCUGGUCUUGUUCGGCCGACGAAGUACAGCGUUUUUUUUCUGACUGCAAAAUUCAAAAUGGGGCUCAAGGUAUUCGUUUCAUCUACACCAGAGAAGGCAGACCGAGUGGCGAGGCUUUUGUUGAACUUGAAUCAGAAGAUGAAGUCAAAUUGGCCCUGAAAAAAGACAGAGAAACUAUGGGACACAGAUAUGUUGAAGUAUUCAAGUCAAACAACGUUGAAAUGGAUUGGGUGUUGAAGCAUACUGGUCCAAAUAGUCCUGACACGGCCAAUGAUGGCUUUGUACGACUUAGAGGACUCCCCUUUGGAUGUAGCAAGGAAGAAAUUGUUCAGUUCUUCUCAGGGUUGGAAAUCGUGCCAAAUGGGAUAACAUUGCCGGUGGACUUCCAGGGGAGGAGUACGGGGGAGGCCUUCGUGCAGUUUGCUUCACAGGAAAUAGCUGAAAAGGCUCUAAAGAAACACAAGGAAAGAAUAGGGCACAGGUAUAUCGAAAUCUUUAAGAGCAGUCGAGCUGAAGUUAGAACUCACUAUGAUCCACCACGAAAGCUCAUGGCCAUGCAGCGGCCAGGUCCCUAUGACAGACCUGGAGCUGGCAGAGGGUAUAACAGCAUUGGCAGGGGAGCUGGCUUUGAAAGGAUGAGGCGUGGUGCUUACGGUGGAGGUUAUGGAGGCUAUGAUGAUUACAAUGGCUAUAAUGAUGGCUAUGGAUUUGGGUCAGAUAGAUUUGGAAGAGACCUUAAUUACUGUUUUUCAGGAAUGUCUGAUCACAGAUAUGGGGAUGGUGGCUCUACUUUCCAGAGCACAACGGGACACUGUGUACACAUGCGAGGAUUACCUUACAGAGCUACUGAGAAUGACAUUUAUAAUUUUUUUUCACCACUCAACCCUGUGAGAGUACAUAUUGAAAUUGGUCCUGAUGGCAGAGUAACAGGUGAAGCAGAUGUCGAGUUUGCAACUCAUGAAGAUGCUGUGGCGGCCAUGUCAAAAGACAAAGCCAAUAUGCAACACAGAUAUGUAGAACUCUUCUUGAAUUCUACAGCAGGAGCAAGCGGUGGUGCUUAUGGUAGCCAAAUGAUGGGAGGCAUGGGCUUGUCAAACCAGUCCAGUUAUGGUGGCCCAGCCAGCCAGCAGCUGAGUGGUGGUUAUGGAGGUGGCUAUGGUGGCCAGAGCAGCAUGAGUGGAUAUGACCAAGUUUUACAGGAAAACUCCAGUGAUUUUCAAUCAAACAUUGCAUAGGCACCCAAGGAGCAGUGAACAGCAGCUACUACAGUAGUGGAAGCCGAGCAUCUGUGGAAGUGAACGGAGCGGGAGGGAUGGCUGCUGGCAUGUCCAGUAUGAGUGGUGGAUGGGGGAUGUAAUUGAUUCCGAUCACUGACUCUUGGUCAACAUUUUUUUAAAGAAAAAAAAGUUUAACAGUUUUGCAGUACAAGCUUGUGAUUGAUUGAUGCUCACUCUUAAUUGUUGAAAUCAGGAUUGUUUUAAAGACUCAAGGUUCAGUAUUUUUGAGCACAUUAAAUUCAUGUAGGAUGUGACAGCCACGUUUAACUGUUAAACUUUCAGCUUUUCUCAAGUUAGUUAUAUUGUAGGAUGUACUUAAGCAGUAAGUGUAUUUAGGUUAAAGCAGUUGAAUUAUGUUAAAUGUUGCUCUUAUACCACAUUACAUUGAACACUGUUGGGGGAUGCAUGUUGAAAGACAUGCUUUUUUGUAAAACAAUAUAGGAGCUGUGUCUACAAAAGUGAAAUAUUUGGCAUGUUUGUUAAUUCUAGUUUCAUUUAAUAAUAUAAGGCACGUAAGUUUAAGCGCUUUUUUUUUAAGUUAAUGGGGAAAAUUUUGAGACGCAAUACCAACACUUUAGGAUUUUGGUCUUGGUGUUUGUAUGAAAUUCUGAGGCCUUGAUUUAAAUCUUUGAUUGUAUUGUGAUUUAGGUGUAUUGCGCUAAGUUGAAACUUGUCAAAUAAAUUUUUCUUUUAAAGACCGCA